CCCCGUCGCUACCGGCAUUUCCUGUCUCACGUUUUAGAAACGAGUAUAGACUGGUUCUUUCCACCGUCAAGGCCUAGAGCGACGCCACUCUGAGCCAAUAGUAAAUCACUGGCAAUGGUGGCUGUCCAGUUUUACCGGAUGUUUAGGCUGUGAGUCACUCAAAGGUUUUUUCCCUCCCGUCCUAUGCGCACGAAGAGGGGGCGUGGCUUCGGUUGCUAAGUAGCGGCUUGGUGGCCGGCGGGUAUAGCUGGUCGGUUUCACGGGUGCUUGGCUGAGAUAGAGCGCGAUCUGGACCAUGGUAUGCUGAAGUGUAACUUGGGCUAAGACCCUGUGAGCAUGUCAGUGAUAUCUGCCAAGAUCUGAAAUUCUAUUCGGUAAAAGACUUCUUCCCUUGGAGAAGAACAGUGAUGCUGACCAUGUUAGUGACACCAAGCCAGGAUGAAAGGUAUGCUUUCAUUGCAGAGUGGUAUGACCCAAAUGCUGCACUUUUUCGACGUUAUGAACUUCUGUAUUACCCCAAAGAUGGGUCAGUGGAGAUGUAUGACAUGAAGAACCGCUGCCGAUUCCUAAAUCGCACCAAAUAUGAAGAUCUGCACUUUAAAGAUUUGUUUGUGGGCAACAAAAUUACUAUCUUCUCACGCCACCUCAAUUUGGUUGACUAUGGUGAUCAAUACACUUCCCGCAUGUUGGGUAGUCGGAAAGAAAGAACCUUGGCUUUAUUGAAACCUGAUACAGCACUCAAACUUGGGGAAGUCAUUGAUAUGAUUAUUAAUGCUGGUUUUACAAUAACUAAAGCCAAAAUGAUGAAGCUUUCAAGGGGAGAAGCAAUAGAUUUCCACGCAGAUCACCAAGCUAAGCCUUAUUACAAUGAGCUUCUUGAAUUUAUUACAAGUGGCCCUGUUGUUGCCAUGGAGAUCUUGGGAGAUGAUGCUAUAUGCAGAUGGAAAAAUUUAUUAGGACCUGCAAAUUCUGCUGUAGCCCGUACUGAUGCCCCAAAUAGCAUUAGAGCAUGUUUUGGAACGGAUGGCAUACGAAAUGUGGCUCAUGGUCCUGAUUCCUUUGCUUCUGCUGCUAGAGAGCUGGAGUUGUUCUUUCCUUCCAGUGGAGGCCGUGGACCUGCAGACACGGCAAAAUAUACAAAUUGUACCUGUUGUGUUAUUAAGCCUCAUGCUGUUAAAGAAGGUCUGACCGGGAAGAUUAUAAGAGCAAUACUUGAUGGAGGAUUUGAAAUCUCAGCCUUGCAGAUGUUCUAUAUGGACCGUGCAAAUGCAGAGGAAUUCUACUCAAUUUACAAAGGUGUUGUUGCUGAAUAUUCUGACAUGGUUGUAGAACUCUGCUCAGGACCUUGUAUAGCUCUAGAGAUUAGACAAAUAGAUCCUACAAAAGUAUUCAGAGACUUCUGUGGGCCUUCUGAUCCUACUCCCUUUCUUGGAAACAGAUGUUGAGCACUUGUGACUUUACAAUCUCAGGUGUGUCCAGCUCAGGGAUGGGGACCCUUUGAUCCUCCAGAUGUUACUGGACUAUAGUUCCAAUCAUCCCCAACCACUGACCAUGCUGGCUGGAGCUGAGGGAGUUAGUGUCCAAAACAUCAGGAGGGCAUUCAAUUGGAGAAGGCUGCUUUAACUUCAGUUCUCAUAGUUUUUGGUAUAUGUUGGCCAGGGUUAGACCCUUGGGAUGGACUAACUGAUGAAAGGUGAAUUCAGACAAUGCUUGAGGUAUAAUGAUGAUUGACAAACACUGUGAUUUGUGGAGAGACAGGAGUCCCUCCCCGUGUUGAUGGAGUUAAGAUUCGAAUCUUCACUCAAGGAUGUAACUUGGAUGGCUGAACGGGGUUUUGAACCCUGGUCUCCCAGGUUGUAGUCUGAUACACUAACCACUACACCAGACUGGCUCCACUGCAUAGCAUGUGUAAGCUAUGUGCUUGUAUUUAGGGCAGAUGUGGGGAACUCUUGGCCCUCCAAAUGUUGCUGAACUACAACUCUCAUCAGCCCCAGCAAGAAGAGAUAAUGGGAGUUGUAGUUCAGCAACGUCUGGAGGGUCAAAAGUUCCCCACAUUGGUUUUGGGGAUAUGACACAAUUAUUUUUUUUUGUACUCUGUUCACUUGCAAAGUCCUUAUAAUUACAGCAUGUGGAACACUUCUUCAUUUGAUGAAAUGUAAUUAUUGGUUACCUCUUUAUGUGCUGUAGGACAAUUUUGAGCAGACAUUCCGAGAUUGGAAGUUCACUGAGGUCAAUAACUUAAAAUAUAUAAAUAUGCGUUCUACACUCACUCCCCUAAGAAGCAGCUCUGAUUGUGGCAUGAAAAUAGUCACCUUCUAAAAUCUUGUAUUAUUAGUCAAAACCUUGGGUUUUAGAUAUAGACUUCAUACAGUUUAUUUUAACAUCUCUUGGUAAAUGAUGUUAAUAGAAUUUCUAGAAUGGAGUUGCAUUAAUAUUGUCUUGUUAAUUGUGGUAUACAAAUAUUUUAGUAAAUAAGUAAAUACUUUAAUUGUUAUUGUCUUCUAAUACAAUCAAUUGAGCUAUUAUAACUGUGCACAG